CGUAACAUACACAAAUGAGUACAUACAUACAUCUAUCGAUAGUGGCGAGUUGCUGAAAGGAUUUAGAGGAAAAUAUUAGAUUUUAUUGGAAGCGCGUACAUCAAAAUGCGCGCAAAGCAUCUUUGAUGUCACACGUUGAGAACGCAGAGCCUAAAAAUGGCAGCGGACGUACGAAUGAGAUAGUAGCGAACGAACGCGAUAAAUCCGUUGUGCAAGCAAGUCCGGAAAGUUCUGUCAAUGUAGAGGUUCGGAUAUCAGCAUCCAAAACGAGUCAAAUAUUGGAUAACAUAAAAUCUGAUCUAGAGACGGAGGAAAAUGACGAGAAAUGCGUCGAUACAUCACAAGACAAAGAUAGCGACAUUUGUAGAAUCUGUCACAUGGACGGAUAUGCCCCCAUCGCGGACAACCAUCCAUCAUAUGACUCGGAAAAUCUGAUUGAUCAGACAUCGAUUCUGUCAAACGUUGUUGAUCUCGGUCCUUUGAUUUCAGCUUGCAAAUGCCGGGGUACAGUGGCUCUGGUGCACGUCGAGUGCCUAGAGAGAUGGCUAACCGAGUCCGGUCGUGCGAGAUGCGAACUUUGCGGCUACAAGUAUGCAAUCAGAAGGGUACGGCGUUACAGCCUCUUUCAAAGCGUCAUAAUAUGGUUCCGCACCAUAAUAGCUACUCGACAGGAGAUGCUACUUGACAUUGGAUAUUUGGUAAUGACCACACCUGUGGCUGUGUUUUCCUGCUAUCUGUGCGCCUUGGCCUUGAAAAUGUUGAUGCGAAAUGGCUUUUACGAGAUACCCUGGAUGAUAGUUGCUAUGCUGCCAACCUGCUUAUUGACGCUGAUAGCUUAUUGGCGAUGGAUAAUUACGUUAGGGAGACUUGCAGGACAAUGUCCGCUCCAAGAGUCUAACAACAGCACACUAAAACUUCCAGGUGCGGAUACAAAUACGUUUGUAAACCAAGACUGA